UAACUAUACAACGUUUGCUUAUUUUAUAAGCUUUGAUAUUUAAUCUAUAUCAUUUCUGUGGCAGAAAUAUUUUCAGUUUCAAGAAAUACACCUCUUUUAGGUGGACUAGUCCAUUGUACAUUCAAAUCCAAGAUGGCUCUAAAGGCGGUGGUGGGCGACCGUAUUAUGAACGAUGUGAUCAAACCCCUAAGGAAGAAAGGGGAGUGGAAGGUGCUGGUUGUGGAUAAGUUGUCCAUGCGGAUGGUUUCAGCAUGCUGCAGCAUGACGGACAUCACCUCCGAGGGCAUCACCAUCGUGGAGGACAUCACGAAGAGACGGGAGCCCCUGAUGACCAUGGACGCCAUUUAUCUCAUCACGCCCGUGGAGAAGUCCGUGAACUUGCUGAUGAGGGAUUUCGGCACAGCCCAUAACACCAUGUACCGGGCAGCGCAUGUCUACUUCACUGAAGCCUGUCCUGAAAAGUUGUUUGAGCAAAUCGCGAAGCAUCCCAUUGCCAAAUUCCUCAAGAACCUGAAAGAAAUCAACAUGGCGUUCCGGCCGUACGAACAGCAGGGGCCGGAGAAGGCUCGCUCCCAGUUGCUGAUCCUGGACCGCGGAUUUGACCCCGUCUCACCCCUCCUGCACGAGCUGACCUACCAGGCCAUGUGCUACGACCUGGUCCCCAUCGACAAUGAUGUUUACAGAUUUGAGGCAAAGGGUGGUCCCCAGGGUGAGAUGGUGGAGAAGGACGCCCUCCUGGAUGAAAACGAUGACCUUUGGGUCGAGUUCCGCCAUCAGCACAUCGCUGUCGUGUCCUCACAAGUGACAAAGAAGCUGAAGGACUUUGCUCUGGAGAAGCGCGUGAAGGGUGGAGAUAAGACCACCAUGAAAGACCUGUCCCAGAUGCUGAAGCGCAUGCCACAGUACCAGAAGGAACUCAGAAAUUACUCCCUGCACCUGGCCCUGGCAGAGGACUGCAUGAAGAGUUACUCUGGCAACGUGGAGAAGCUUUGCAGGGUGGAACAGGACCUGGCGAUGGGCACGGAUGCAGAGGGAGAGAAGAUCCGUGACCACAUGCGGAACAUCGUCCCCAUCCUGCUGGACCAGAACAUCUCCACUUACGACAAGAUCCGAGUCAUCCUCCUCUACAUCAUCGGCAAAAAUGGUAUUUCAGAGGAGAACUUCAACAAGCUGAUCCAGCAUGCCCAGAUCCCCGAGGAGGAAAAGCACAUCAUCAUCAACAUGCAGUAUAUGGGCCUGUCUAUUCUGCAGGAUUUCACGUCCUUCAUGAACAAGGGUUUGCUGGGGAAGGCUAAGUUCGCGGGCGGUCCCGAGGGGUGGAACCCCAUAACACCCUACAUUCUACCCGGACUGCGCAUGAUGACUGGCCGACGUAAGGGCAAGGUUGAGCGUAAGGACCGCAUCACGCAGCAGACGUACCAGCUCUCACGCUGGACACCUGUCAUCAAGGAUAUCAUGGAGGAUGCAAUUGAUGAUAAGCUGGACCAGAAGUACUUCCCCUUCCUGACUGGCAGGUCCACCACAGCCGGCUUCGCUUCCUCCGGCGCCAGAAGCGCACGUUACGGGCACUGGCACAAGGACAAGGGCCCCGCGGACCGCUCCGUCCCGCGCCUCAUCAUCUUCAUCAUGGGCGGGGUCACGUACUCCGAGAUGCGCUGUGCGUACGAGGUUACCAAGGAAACCGGACAGAAGUGGGACGUCAUCAUUGGUUCCACCCACCUCCUGACCCCGGAAGGCUUCCUGAACGACCUUGCUGACCUUGUCCCCCAAGAUGGCCCCGAAGAUGGAAAAAAUUCAUUCAGAAUGGACUAGCCAAUCACCGACGAGAAUUGACUAACCAAUCAGAGCUCAGCUUGUAUCCACUAACAUGGGGUGGCCAAUCAAACGCUUGCUUGCAUAUGCUGAUAACCAAUCAAUAGUACCGACUGUCUGAAUGACAACCAAUCAGAGGGAAGGUGAUAUGUUCGUCUGGUUUAGGGUCACAGUUGAUGGACAGUUUAGACGGCUUUGACUUGAAUUAUCCAAGAUGAAAAUAAUUAUAAUCGCAGCAGAAAACAGUAGAAAGUAGGAAGAAAAACUGAAAAAAGAAAACCAAUUAAUACACAGUUGCUAUGUUCUAUGCAUGCUUAUAUGUGAUCUAACUUAGACAUAUUAGUACAAGUUACAAUAGAGCACAUUUGUGGAGUACUAAAAAGUAUAUACUGAAUAGAAUAGCUAUACUCAUUGAUUUGAACUGAUUUCAAUUGAUCAUAUUGUAUUUAUUUAUUUGUACAGUUGUGAUCGUGAUCAUUAAUGAUAACAUGACGUAUAAAACAGAGAUGAAAAAAGCUAACUUUAACCAAUCGAUGUAGCAGAAGUGAAGACAAUGUUGAUAAUAACUAGACAGUAAGAAUAUAAAUAGACUUGAAAUGUUAGUCUCUUGGGCAGCACCAGAUAGUUUCCUUGGUUCCCAGGUGUUAGUUAAAAGGACUGUAGAAGAGAGAAUGAGCUUUUUGUCCUCUCCGUUGUUUAAGAGAAGACUCCUUCAUACCCUGGGAACCAAGGACCUAUCCCAUAUAUUGUGAAGUUGUUCAGUUUGUGUUGAAGUGUGUGUUAAAGUGUUGUGAGGGUGUUAACAUAUCAUGAUAACGGAUGGGUGCUGCAAGAGUCUGUCUAGCCCCCCUCCCCCCUCAUUUUUACCUUGGAGAGCUCAGAUAAGGCAAAAUUAAGGAAACUUCAUCAUACCCAUAUAUAGUAUGUCAUGUCCAUGUAUGGUUAUAAUGACCAUAUAUGGCACCACAUCGAUUUAUGGUCUUGUCCAUAUAUGGUCAUGAUGCCCAUUUGUGGUACUGGGCAUCCAUAUAUGGUACCACAUGACCAUAUAUGGUACCACAUGUCCAUAUUUGGUAAAACAGAUCUUUUUUUUUUCUUGAAUUGUAGCUGAAGCUGUACAUUCCAGAUUUCUGAUUUUUUUCUCCCUGUCCUUCAAUUUAUGACAAAAUCUGAAUAAAAAAUGUCAUCAUCUAAAUACUGCAAACUGAAA